AGGAGAGAAAAUAAUUCUAUUUCCGUACUUCUUUUGACUCUCAUGACCAAGCUUAAAUCGGUCUUCCACAAGUGGAAUGAACAACAGAAAAUCUACUACCAGCCUGUAUUGGAAGCACUUGCGAGCCAUGAUAUCACUACAGACAGUGUUUUGUUUGAAAAAAAUCUUGGUGUUUUAUGCCAAACGACGGGUAUAGCUAGACCAAGGUUAAGAGCAUUUAUCAAACAAGUUCAAUUCGACACAUUAUUGCAUGAACAACCCUUUUCUAAAGACAGUCAACUGUUCAUUUCAACAGGCUUUGAAAGCCUGGAUCAAUUGCUUCAACAUGGUUUCUAUUUUGGUCAGAUCAUUGAAUUGUGUGCAGAGACAAAUGCUAUUCCAUCUCGAUUUACGUCACACAUCCUAGCGUCUUAUUUACAAUCGUAUUCAAAGCAAGGUAUCUUUAUAUUUGACACAACAGGCAUGCUUGAACCAAGAAGUAUGCAAGAGACGUUUAUCAAAAAGCAAUUAGAUCCUCUUAUUUUAACACAAAUUGAAACUGUUCAGUCAUUUACACUGGGUGAUUUGUCAUCUUCAUUAGAGAAUCUGGCUGCUAUACUGUCUACAACAGAGAGUAUACAUCCCUUAGUAGUCAUUGAUGAUCUUGCUCGAUUAGUGGGUCCUGAUUGGUCUAUUGCAGCAGUGAACAGCUUGAUUAAAAUGAUACAAAUCUUGACAAAGAAAUUGAAUUGCUGUGUCAUCAUUUUACAUCAUAUAUCAAAAAAAGAAAUCUCCAAUUCAAAAGCAUAUGAUUCAAUGAUUGAUUUACGCCUUUUCUUGGCACAACAGAUGGAAUCAAAGCAAAUUGAUAUACAAGUAUUGAAAUCAAGACAAUGGGUAAAUACGUAA